UUUCCCAAAUUUUUACUUUUAUUUAAACGCCAUCUCUCUGCUCGAUAUCUACCUCUCGCCGUGUUCUUUUUCCUCUCACCCAAUUUUCUAAAAUUUGUUCUCCGAUCUAAACGAACCGUUUUCUGCUCAGAAUUUAAUGGAUCCGAUGGGGUUGGCUCAGCUGGCGACGGGGCUGAGCGUGGUGGCCGGCGCGGUGGUGGUGAAGUCCGUGAUGGACCAGAAGCCGAUGGCCGGGCCGUUGCCCACGUGCCCGACUUGCAACGGAUCGGGUCGGGUCACGUGCAUAUGUGUUCGGUGGUCAGAUGGAGAUUUCGGGUGCCGUUCAUGUGCCGGGUCGGGUCGGAUGUCGUGCAGAAGCUGCGGCGGCGGUGGAAGAGGGCGGCCGAUUACAGUGCAGUUAUCAGCCGGUCAACCCAACCGCCGGUUUUGAGGAGUUUCUCCAAUGUAGAAACUAAAUUAAAUUAUAGUAUGCUAAAGUUUAUGAAUUAAAUUAAAUUAAAUUAAAUUAGUUAAAAAAAGUGUAGGAAUUAAUUUGUUACCGAUUUAAAAUGGGAAACUAAAUGUUAAUUUAGCACAAUUGUAAAGACUAAAUUUGAACAAUGUUUUAGUUCAAUUGUACGGAUAUAACUUAAUUAAUUGUUUUUUUCUUUUAGUAUAACAAGUGGGGUGGAAGGUUAAAAAUUAUCGCUGAGCUAUGCAUUAAUUGUUAUAUUUUAGUAAAAAUAUUUCAUGAAUUUCAAAAAA